AAGCUACACAUGUGGAUAAGGAACCUCGCGCAAAUUAUGAUGCCUUGAGAACUACUAGGACAAUCCUCGGAAUAAUGACGUGGCUGGCCCUUCGAUCAGCCGCCUUCGCGCGGGUGCCGGCCACAACGACAUGCCUGCCGGGCGCGCGCUUAUACUCCGGCGCAACGACCGGCGCCGGCCGCGCCUCGGACCCGCUCCGGAUCCUCUUCUGCGGCUCAGAUAACUUCAGCUGCGCAGCGCUGACCGCGCUGACUGCAGAGAGUAAACGAAAUCCGGCACUAAUCGAGUCGCUGGAGGUCGUGGUUCGGCCGAGCAAGCCGUCGGGGAGAGGGAUGAAGAAUGUUCGUGAGGUUCCGUUGAGGACCCUCGCUCAGCAGCUCAAAUUACCGAUUCACGUGAGAGACACGUUUACCAAGUGGCAGCCACCCAGUGACUUCAAUCUCAUCAUUGCCGUCUCCUUUGGUCUUUUCGUGCCGCCGAGAUUACUCAAGAUGGCAAAGUACGGAGGUCUGAACGUUCACCCAUCACUGCUACCAGAAUUCCGCGGCCCCGCGCCCCUCCAACACACCCUCCUACAAGGGCGCACACACACUGGCAUCACCCUUCAAACCCUGGACCAUAAAGCCUUUGAUCACGGCGACAUACUGGCCCAGACACCGUUGCCAGGCAUCCCAAUCCCGGAAAACUGUACUACGCAGCAGCUGCUCGACGUUGUCACACCGCCGGCUGCCGAAAUGCUCGUCGACGGUCUACGGCGAGGUGUCCACGUUCCUCCGCACGUGAAUGUCGGCUGGGCGUAUUCCUCCUCAAACUUCGAGGAGGACUCAAACAAAGCACCUCCGCACGCGCCCAAGAUAACAAACCACGACCGCUGGAUUGCUUGGUCGGAGUGGACCGCCGCCGAAGUCGCAACGCGGCAGCGCGUGCUGGGCGGCGUGUGGUCAUCUGCGGUCAACCAGACCACGGACACGGAGAAGAGGAUCAAGUUGGGACGGGUAGAGGCCGUACCCCUCGAGGACAUGCCUGAGCACAUUAAGCAGUUUACCAGACUAUUGAGGGUGGAUAAGAAAGACCGAACAAUUGCUAGCGAUGCAACACCGGAGGACGGUACAAACGUGAAGCUUGUCAAUUGGAUUCAGGGGACGCAAGAUGGACAUAGGAAAGUACUUCAAUGUCCAUUUUUCGAGCACGAGGAUGGGAAGAGCAUUUUAAUUCCCUUUGUGGAGGGCGACAAGGUACUCAAGGUAUCGACCAUGAUUGUCGAGGGCUCCGCGGAACGCGCUGCUGUGAGCGCCAUUAAGAGCUUUGCCGUAGUUGGGGAUGGGAGGCACUGGGAAUUGACUCCUUCCCCCUUUUAGAAUUCAGUGUUACAGGUGUACGAUAGGUAAUAUAGUGAUGAGGUUAGUCACCAUCUGCACCCGACUAUCACAAACUUUUCAUCCUUCCAUGUGUUGAGCGAGAUUUCUGGCUCGGCCAGUGGACAAGGAGUCGCCAUAACAUAUUCUUACGGUUCCUGAAGCCUUCUUGCCAUGGAGGAAGCUCCAGAUUUAGUAUCUAUUCCUAUUACCUUAGAUAUGUCGAGGUUGAAGUCUGGUCGAUGAG